AUGCAAUCUCAACCACCGUGCAUCCUGUGCGGAGCCCCCCGAGCGGCACCUCUUUCAAAGAAGGGGCAGCUUGUGCUACUGAAUCAAAUCCCAUCCUCGGCCAGCUCGGGUUACCGUUCGUUGUUCGGCCAGGCUUGCCUAAGACGGGAAGCACCUGCUUCAGCCGCUUGUGUUAUCGUCCGGCACAUGCAACCGGGCUUCAAACAACCUGGAAAGGCUUUUGGUGCUAGAGCGCUACAUGACGCCUCGUUCUGGGAAAUUCCCAUGCCCUUCACGCAGCUAUCAAGGGCAACAACAGGAACUUGUCAACUUAUCCUUGUCAGCAGGCAUUGCGGUCGCCGAACGUGCCUCGGACCACGAGAGAAUAAUCUCCGUGCUGGAAAAGCUAAGCAAACUUUUUUUUUCGAUGAGCCGUCGGACAUUUACGAAUCAGACUUUGCACUUGGCAUGCUAACCUACGAAGCUUGCUCACGAUCUUCGGAUCAAGCCGACUACCCUCUGCGGCGGUUGACUGACUUGCAACCUAUCCCAUCUGGACCCGGUGGUUGGCUUUCCAGCUACCUGGUCAAGGGUGACGAGACCACCCAUCGGAAGAUCGCUGUGGGGACCCGUGCACACUUUGAUGAAAGCCAUGAUGGAGACGCGGAGAGCCCGAGCAAGGACAGUGUGAUUCGCCACAAAUGCACAACACGCGACUGGGAUGCUCCAGCUCGUGGACCUGCCUAG